AUGGAUGAGCCACCAUCGAAUUGGGAUCAACAAGAGGAAGAAAAUGUAUCAUUAUCAUCAGCAACAACAAAGCUUUCUGCUUUGAAUGUCAAUGCUAAUGAAUUUGUUCCAUCUUUCGGUUCAGGAUUUUCAUUUGGCUCUAAAGCAGCAAAUCUUCCAGCAGCACCACUACCUAAAACUCCACCAUCAACACCUGUUGUUAAUCGACAUACAAGUGAGCAUGACGGCAACCAAGUGGCAGCAGUUACUAUGAGCACAAAUCAAAUCGAAUCCAAUGAUCAACAACAAAUAAAAGAAAAUGUUUCUACAGGAGAAAUCGAUGAAAUUUCUGAGGACCAAAAUGAAAGAAUGAUGGAUGAUUCAACAGCAGCGACAACAGCAGCAGCAACAACAACAACAUCAGUAAACAAAGCAAACACAGCUACUAGUUCAACAGUUCCAAAAGAAAAGAAAAAUUUGAUUAUUAAACGAGAUAUUGUAAGAAAAAAAGAACCUGUCAAUAUUGUUUUUUGUGGUCAUGUCGAUGCAGGAAAAUCCACAAUCGGUGGACAACUUAUGUUUUUAACAGGACAAGUUGAUAAACGAACAUUAGAAAAAUAUCAAAAUGAAGCUCGUGAAAAAUCUCGUGAAUCUUGGUAUUUAUCAUGGGCAUUAGAUACAAACGAAGAAGAAAGAGACAAAGGAAAAACUGUUGAAGUUGGUCGGGCUUGGUUUGAAACAGAAAAGAAACAUUUCAUCAUUCUCGAUGCACCUGGUCAUAAAUGUUUUGUUCCAAACAUGAUUGGUGGCGCAUCUCAAGCAGACAUUGCUAUUCUUGUUAUUUCUGCUCGUAAAGGUGAAUUUGAAACGGGAUUUGAGCGUGGCGGUCAAACACGUGAACAUGCUAUGUUGGUUAAAACAGCUGGUGUUCGUUAUUUAGUUGUUCUUAUUAAUAAAAUGGAUGAUCCAACUGUUAAUUGGGAUCAAGCAAGAUAUGACGAAAUUCGUGAUAAAUUAACGCCUUAUCUAAAAAAAUGUGGCUUCAAGCCUGGUGAAGACACUGUUUUUAUGCCCUGCAGUGGAAUGAGUGGAGCAAUACUUAAAGAGCAUCCUGGAGAACAUAUUUUACCUUGGUAUAAAGGACCAAAUUUUAUUGAAUACUUGGACAAUAUACCAUCAUUUAAUCGUAGUAUUGAUGGUGCACUUCGGAUGCCUAUUGUUGAACGAUACAAAGAAAUGGGUGUGAUUGUUAUGGGUAAAAUUGAGUCUGGAUGUUGUCGUGUCGGUGAUCGAUGCUUAAUUAUGCCGAAUCGAACACGCGUUGAGGUUACAAAUAUUUAUUAUGAAGACAUUGAAACUGAUUCUUGCGUUUGCGGAGAAAAUGUUAGGCUUAAAUUAAAAAAUGUUGAAGAAGAAGAAAUUUCAACUGGAUUUAUUCUAUGCGAUACUCAACAAGAGCCAUGCGGAGUUGGAAGAGUUUUUGAUGCACAAGUUGCUAUCCUUGAGCAUAAAUCAAUCAUAUGUCCUGGCUAUUCGGCUGUUCUUCAUAUUCAUUCAGCUGUCGCUGAAGUUCAACUAAAAAAACUUAUAACAUUAAUUGACCGUAAAACUGGUGACAGAACUCAAGAACAUCCGAGAUUUAUUAAACAAGAUCAGGUAGCCAUAGCUCGGUUUGAAUUAUCACAAUCGGGACAAGCUAUUUGUAUGGAACCAUUUAAACAUUUUCCUCAACUUGGUCGGUUUACAUUAAGAGAUGAAGGUCGAACCGUUGCUGUUGGAAAAGUUCUUAAGAUCAUCGAGUGA